AUGGUAUCCGCCCCUCACUUAGCCCCUCCAACAACAAUGACCUCCCCUCCGACAACAGUUCUUCCUUGCGCAAGCCCCCCUGGCAAUAAAAGCGGUUUCUCCCUUCGCCGCAAACCAACGAACGAAGAAAUCAAGUCCAGGCACCAACGAAAUAGAUCGAGCGUGGAUGGCACGAAAUACAAAGAUGGCACGUGGUCAUCACAAAACGAGAAGAUAUUGGUAGCGCCCUAUGAGUAUAUGCACGAGCAUCCUGGCAAGGAUAUCCGUCGCCAACUCAUUCACGCGUUCAACGCCUGGCUCCAGGUGCCCCCCGAGAGCUUAGACAUCAUUACCAAGGUGGUCACGUUGCUACAUACCUCCUCUCUGCUAAUCGAUGAUGUUGAGGACAACUCUGUACUCCGUCGCGGGAUUCCCGUCGCGCAUAACAUCUUCGGCACCGCACAGACGAUCAACUCCGCCAACUACGUCUACUUCCUUGCCCUACAAGAAGUCCAGCGGCUCAAUAACCCGAUCGCAAUAGAUAUCUACGUGAAGGAAAUGCUUAACCUUCACCGUGGUCAAGGGAUGGAUCUCUUCUGGCGGGAAACCCUCACUUGCCCGACCGAAGACGAGUAUCUCGAAAUGGUGGGCAACAAAACGGGUGGGCUCUUUCGACUAGCUGUCAAGCUCAUGCAAGCGGAGAGUACCACUGGCAAGGACUGCGUGGUCUUGGUCAAUGUCAUGGGUCUCAUAUUCCAGAUCUGUGACGACUACCUCAAUCUCUCAAAUUCAGUGUAUGAAAAGAACAAGGGUCUUUGUGAGGACUUGACCGAGGGCAAGUUCUCGUACCCAAUUAUCCACAGCAUACGCGCCAACCCGUCGAACCACCAGCUGCUCAACAUCCUCAAGCAGAAGACCAAGGACGACGAGGUGAAGAGGUAUGCUGUGCAGUAUAUGGAAAGCACGGGGAGCUUUGCGCAUACACAGGAUGUAGUGAAGCGUCUGCAGGACCAGGCACUUUCGCUGAUUGAUGCGAUCGAUGCCACACCAGACACCAACGGUGUCAGCGUGGGCGAUGGUGCAAUGGUACGUGCCAUUGUGGAAAAGAUUGUGCAGAGUACCCUUUCAGACUCCUCACGCUAG